CAACGUCGCGCGCGCAUGGCGUCUUCUUCCCCGCCCCUCCUCCUCCUCCUCCCCCUCCCCCAAAACCCUAACCCUAACCCCACCAACACCACCACCCCUUCUCCUUCCUCAUGGCUCCAAACCCUCCGCCACCACGCCCGCUCCGGCGUACCCCACGCUGCCCUCUCCACCUUCUCCGCCAUGGCCGCCUCCGGCGUCGUCCCCGACCACUUCUCCCUCCCCGCCGCCGCCUCCGCGGCCGCGUCGCUCCGCGACGCCGCAUCGGGGCGCCAAAUCCACGCCGCCGCCGCCAAGCUCGGCUACCUUUCCCCCUCCGAGUCCCCUUUCCCCGCCGUGGCCAACACCCUCAUCACCAUGUACGCGCGCUGUGGCGACUUGGACGGCGCCCUCAAGGUGUUCGACGCAAUGCCCCUCAGGGACCAGGUCUCGUGGAACUCGGCCAUCGCCGCGCUGUGCGCGUUCGAGCACUGGGGCCUCGCCUUAGAGGUCUUCCGCGGCAUGGUAUCAGAGCGAGCCGCGCCGAGCUCGUUCACUCUCGUUAGUAUCUUCCUAGCGUGCUCCAAUCUUAGCAAUCCCGACGGGCUCCGGCUCGGAAAGGAAACUCAUGCGUAUGCCUUGCGUAAUGGGUUCUUUCAUGAGGGAAAGAGAUUCGCCUACAAUGCCGUAAUUGCCAUGUACGCCAAAUUGGGGAGGAUCUCCGACUCCGUCUCUAUCUUUGAUCGAUUCGACGACCGCGACGUCGUAACAUGGAAUACCAUGAUCAGCUCUCUCGUGCAGAACUAUCGGUUUAUUGAAGCACUCGCCGCCCUUUAUCAAAUGGUGCGCGCCGGAGUAAAGCCCGAUGGUGUCACGCUGUCAAGCGCCCUCCCUGCAUGCUCGCAUUCGGAGAUGUUGCAUAUUGGGAAGGAAAUCCAUGCAUAUGCAUUGAAGAAUGAUAAUCUUUGUGACAACUCUUUUGUCGCAAGCGCAUUGGUCGACUUGUAUUGUAAUUUUGGGCAGGUCGACAAGGGCCGACUAGUUUUCGAUCGGGUCCCAGAGUGUAGGCUUGGCUUAUGGAAUGCUAUGAUUUCGGGGUAUGCUCAAAAUGGUGUGGACGAAGAUGCAUUGAAACUGUUUGUGGAAAUGUUGGUGGAUACGGAUUUGAGUCCGAACGAGACUACGAUGGCGAGUGUUCUCCCAUCUUGCGUGCGGUCUGAGGCAUUUGCGCGGAAAGAAGAUAUGCAUGGAUAUGUUGUCAAAAGAGGAAUGGAAAAGAAUAAGUUUGUGCAAAAUGCACUCAUGGAUAUGUACUCUAGGGUUGGGAAAAUGGAGGUUGCUCAAAGGAUAUUUGACGAAAUGCUGAGCAGAGACAUUGUAUCUUGGAACACCGUUAUCACUGGGUACGUUAUCUCUGGCCGGUUUAGUGAGGCGUUCUGUUUGGUUAGCGAGAUGCAAAGAAGUGAGGAAGGUGAUGAAGACGAUGGCGGGUGCAAGUAUUACAAACCUAAUAAUAUUACCCUCAUGACUGUUCUUCCUGCUUGUGGCUCUCUAGCGGCGCUUGCGAAGGGGAAAGAGAUCCAUGGAUAUGCUAUAAGGAACUUACUUGAUUCGGAUGUCGCAGUAGGGAGCGCUUUAGUGGACAUGUAUGCAAAAUGCGGCAGCUUAGUUUUAUCAAGGGCGGUAUUUGAUAGACUACGAAGGCGGAACAUCGUCACUUGGAAUGUGCUUAUCAUGGCCUACGGGAUGCACGGCCAUGGAGAAGAGGCACUUAAGUUGUUCGAUGAAAUGCUUGUGAGAGGUGAAGCCAAGCCAAGUGACGUUACAUUCAUUGCUGCCCUAGCAUCGUGUAGCCACGCAGGAAUGGUUGGACGGGGAUUGGAACUGUUCCAUGAGAUGGAGGAAAAGCACGGUGUUGAGCGCACGCCGGAUCACUAUGCCUGUGUUGUUGAUCUACUAGGUCGUGCCGGGCAAUUGGACGAGGCAUACCGCCUCAUAACCGAAAUGGGCACAGGCCCGCACCAAGCUGGGGCAUGGAGUAGCUUACUAGGUGCUUGUAGAAUACACCGAAAUGUUAGACUAGGGUCUAUUGCGGCUAACCAUUUAUUUGAGCUAGAGCCUGAUGAGGCUAGCCACUAUGUUCUUCUAUCUAACAUAUACUCGGCGGUGGGCCUAUGGAAAGAGGCAAUGGAGGUAAGAAAUAAGAUGAAAUUGAUGGGAGUGAGGAAAGAACCAGGUUGUAGUUGGAUCGAGGUAGGGGACGAGGUCCAUCGGUUCAUGGCGGCGGACUCAGUUCACCCACAAAGCCCGCGGCUUCAUUCAUACCUCCAGACACUAUGGGACGAGAUGAAGAAGGAAGGUUAUAAGCCUGACACUUCGUGCGUGCUUCACGACGUUGAGGAGGACGAGAAGGAAGUGCUUCUUUGUGGGCAUAGUGAGAAGUUAGCUAUAGCAUUUGGAAUAUUGAAUACACCUCCCGGUUCGACCAUUAGAGUUGCGAAGAACCUUAGAGUGUGCAAUGAUUGCCAUGAGGCCGCCAAGUUCAUUUCGAGGCUUGUCGGGCGGGAGAUAUUUCUUCGGGAUGUGAGGAGGUUCCACCAUUUUAAGGAUGGAUCUUGCUCUUGUGGUGAUUAUUGGUAGCAGGAAAAGGGCCUUAAACAUUUUCUUGAUUAGAGUAUAUAAUUGGAUUCUGGGAACGCCAUGUUAUUGGUUCAGAAAGGGGAACGUUGAGUGUAGCAUAUUGUUGCAUGAUUGCAUGUAAGAAAGAUAAAUUCUUCAAAAUGUGGAGCUGGUGCACUUAAAUUGAGAUUGUAUCAUGUUCUAACUUCUAAGUCUACUGUGCGACGCCCCAAUAAUUCCCCAUCAGAUGUAAAAUAGGUUAUGAUUGGGAAUAGACGAUCAAGAGCCCUAAUAUUAAUAACUGGGUUAAGCAUUCUGGGCCAGUGGUGUGGGCCAACGAGUUAUUAGGGAUAGUGAAUUAGGUCGUUACAUACAGUGUUAAGUAAAAAGUUCAGAGUUCAGUACAUUCAUGGUUUUCGCAAGGUUGGGGGAUGGACUCCUCAUGAUAUUUAUGAUUCAAGUGAUUUCUACUGUCAAACUGGAUGUUGGAAAUUCAGCUUAAUCAAUAGGCACAGUGAACAAUCCAUGAGCAGAGCAUGGAAACAGGAGAAGAAACCCUAGGGGUUUUUCUGACACCCUAGGUUGGAAAAUGGGGUUAGCAGGCCCUCUAGAAGAGAUUAGGAAAAAGUGCUUAUUUCGCCCCGCUUCUUUGGUCAUGUCGAGACUGGCAAUUAUCUAGGUUGGCACAGUUUGAUUUGUCGAAAAGUUAGAGAGAGAGCACACGCGCACACGCACAUAUGUAUAUAGUAUGUGAUGUAUGCCAUUACGAAUGAUGUAAAACACAUGUAUAUACGGCUACAUAAAUAUAUGAAUUUUUCAUAGUGGAUUGUACGUACAUAAUAUUUUGAUUGUUUGGUUGGUGUUGAACAUGUAGCAGCAACUAAAUACGCUUAUUUGCUUUUAGUAUAACAUCUCGUGUUUUGAUACCAUGUGAAACAAUCAGUGUUCUCGAAAACAUAAGUCGGCAAUUCUGAUUUGUUGAAAAGUUAUCCUCUAUCAGAUGGAGCAAAAUGCCUUCGCAGUAUGACCCAAAUCCUUCUAUCCUCAAAUGGAGUGAAUCAAUGGCUUCAACAGGUGGAGUUAGCCCCUCUUUGGUUGCUGCUAACUCGGCAACAACAACACUCUUUUCCUCUCUCUUACAAAAUAAGGUGAAGGAAGGUAAAUCUCAAGAAGCCAUUGCUAAAAGCAGAAGCAGUAAACUGGAGAAUGAGAGGAAGCUGAAGAAAGGAGGGAAUAGCCCAAGGUUUGCAUUAGAAUUGGAUGGAUUGCACUGCUUUGAGACCUUGAUAGCUCAGUGAAGGAUCAGAGAUUAAUGGGCUUUUGCUUGCCUCACUUUUUGUAGUGAAAUUCUCCGUUCUUCUGAAUAUUUUGAUAGAGUUAAGGCGUAUUCUAAGGACAUAGUAUAUGUAAAAGUAAUCUAUGUAGUUGGCUAUGAGGUAACUUUUAUUAUUUUAGAUGCAUUAAAUCUAAUCAGAUUCUGUCAAUGAAUAAUGAUUUAGUUCAGACUAUUUGCUCUGUGGCAAGUGUAAGUUGUUUUGUUAUUAACACCCUUCUUAAAAGCAAGAAUACUAUUUCUCUUCA